AUGAAUGCAUACCUACGACCUCGACACACUCUAAACGACUCGAGUUCAACUUCCAUACCCAUAGCGUCUUCGGGCCAACCAUCAGCGAUACCUACCGAUACCAAUAUACCAAUUUCCGCAUCUCAGACAGGCCCCGUAUCUUCCACAGCAGACCCGACAAUCUCUGGCAUCUUUGCUUUCACAACAACAUUCCCUGUUACAACCGUUACCCAACCUAGCACAACAUUUACAUCGUUUUCAGUGUCUGUUCUCAGCCCAGCCUCUUCCACAUCCCACUUGUCAUCAUCUGCAUCUCCCUCGGCCGCGUUUAGUACCACAACCCCAUAUACUCUGUCCAACGAAAUAAUUUGUGCAGGGAAAGGGUUGGAUGCAGCCUCAGCGGGACUGCUAUCAGCACUCGUUGUACCGAGUCUAUUCGGACUGAUUUUAUGGCUCAUCUUUGCCAUCUUGAGACCUCGUUAUCGCCAAGUGUACGGGCUCAGAGAAUGGUUCGUUCAACAGGACCUUCGGCCAAAACCCCUCGGCUCAUCAUUUUUCGGCUUUCUCUUCCCGCAUGUUCCAUUGGUCCCAGACGUCCCGUCCGACGUGUCGAAUGCCGGCCGUUCCGCGUCUCAAGACGCCACCUUGUUCCCCUCGGACGAAGAGCUCAACCAGCGUACUCUAUGGGUUGCUUUCCGCAUUGUCCUUGGAUGGUCUGUUCUGGCUCUCGCAGGCGCCCUUCCAUUGUACCUCGUUUCUACGCCUUGUAAUGCCGCCCUUCCAUCUGCCUCAACAUUCGAGGGUGGAUAUUCGACGCUUCAGGAUCUCAGCUUGCUCCGUCUCUUGCGUCUGCUUGACAUUAGAAAUUCAACUUCAACGGCUCAAAGUUCCUUGCAUUCUAGAGGGGAAGCCCCAAUUGACCCUCACGACCCCCAACACGCUCGAAUAAGAAUCAUCGUUUUGACUGCUUUUGCCCUUGUUCUGGCGUUGGCUCCCGCCUUGUGGAAAAUUAUCAAGGAGUUUAACGAGCUUGUUGCAUUCAGGCAGCGAUGGUUGGAGGUGAAAUGCGAAGGGAAAGACUUGGGGUGGUUAAGUGCGACUCAAGCACAGGGCUUUGCGACUUGGGGCGAGAAACAAUUGAAGGAUUAUUUGGUGAAGAUCGGAUUAAGCUCUCAGUUGGGUGAUGCUGCAAAGAGGAAUGGGUCCCAAUCAAGGCGUCCGAUCAGGAUGCGCGAAGAAGAGCAACCCUUGCACCGAAAUGAAGAAAUGACCUCAGAAGUUGAUAUCCAGAGCCUCUUUUCUAUAGGAGAUACACAGAGACUUGCGCUUCUCAUAGAUGAAAGAGAUGAGAUCUUGGAAAAUUUAGAAAUAGCAGAAACGAGAUACAUCAGUUCCUUCCGAGUGACCACGCCAGAUCCUUCAAUCUUAGACUUCGUUCCUCCCCCUCCAGCGGAUCCAAGCCGUCCUUAUAUCAGCCGUCCUCUCCCUCUCGGCCCCCAACCUCGUACACGUCGACGCAGACGCGCUAUGAACCGGGCGUUUGCGUCCUCCUCCCUCGCCCCGGCAUCCUUUGUCGGGCCUUCAUCCUACUACAAGCUUCGGGGUGUUAGAGGUGUAAGUGGCGGCAGAUUUGCAGAUUCGAACGACCAAAUUCCAAGCUUCUCCGAUUCAAUCAACUCUCGUGUCAUUGGCAGCCGGUUCCUCGAGGUCAAUCGAAAUUCAGUUGCCUAUGGCAGGCUACCUCUCGGAAGCCACGUUGGCGUCGAAAGGACCACAGGAGAGUUGGGUCCGGUAUCCGAAAACGGAAGCUGGGUGCCGCCCAUUCCUAAUCCACGUUUGUUCGGUCCCAACUAUGGCCUAGAAUCGUACGAUGAGAACUUGCUGGUCGAUGAACAUGGUUUUAUGAGGGGGGAUAGUAUAUUCGAACAGCCAGAGGAGGAGGUUUUGAGUGAUGAAUGGGUGGACGUGGCGAAGGAGGAGGGGGAAAGGGAUUUUGAUAGUGAUUUUAAUGGGCCGAUCCCCACCGCUGGACCCUCGAAUUUUAUGCGUCGGCCCAAGAAAGAGAAAGUUCCUUCUACGAGACGGGAAACCUUCCCCUUGAGAGCAGACCACAGAUCGAAUCCUGAAUCCAUCCCCCCACCCCAUUUACGCCUCCAGCCCUCGCAACCAUUCGUGCGUCCCCUCGAAGGACUCAACUUUGAUGACCUGGGUCACGUCUAUUCCGAUAUUACCCAAUGGCGAUCAAGACUGAAAAUUAUAAAUGCUGAGAUUGCCAACGCACAAAACGACAGUUAUAACGACAUAGCUUCUGGCCAGAACAUCAAGGGUUGGCUGAUGGUUGGUCGGGGGCUGCGUUAUAUUCCUGGAAUGCAGUUAAUCGAAGGACGAGCCAAAGAGGACAUACGGUGGGAUGUGUUGCAGAACGAAAGGAGUUGGAUGGAUGCUGCUAUGUUAUGGGCCAUUAUCAUCGUGGUGAUGGUCAUUCUCGCAGCUGGCUUGACCGCAGCUGCGGGGUUAGCUGUUGCAGGCGCUCCAGAUGUUGCCCAUUAUCUCCCUUUCCUGCAGGGUUUGUUGACAAAGAACCCUCUGGCCACGGGAAUCGCUACCGUUCUUGCGCCUGCUGUUGCCGCCACCGUCUUCAUAAUACUUGCCUUGCUGGUGGUUAAUUGGGUCGCAGGCAUUCAUGGGUCCGUUUCUAUAUCGGGCAACCAACUUCUUGUGUUCAAAAUCACUUUCUUUUUACUAACGGCGGUCGGAACUAUCUGGUUGGUCGCCAUCGGUGCUAUACUCUUCGCUAUCCAGGCCUUCACUCAGAAUUCUGCGCCUGCGCGAUCAGUCGCCAAUGGUUCUAUUUAUAUAAGCAUCCUUGCCCUCACUCUCGUCAUUAAUGUUGCGAUCAUCUUCCCCGCCUGCCUGAUGCUCCAACCAUUUCGUCUAUGGCGAGUUAUUCGCGCAGAAAAGCAUGCCAUCACUCCUCGUCAACGCUUCCGUGCUGUAUAUCCACGAACUUACAAUCCCUCAUUUGCAAUUGGCGCAUGCGUGCUUGCUAUUGUUUUUGCGUCCACUUUCACACUCAUUUUCCCUCUAAUGGCCCCUGCUGUCGUCGUUCUUCUUCUACUCACUGUGAUCGCCCAUCGCUAUCUUGUUGGCUAUGUUUAUGCAAGGACACAUUCCCAAACAGGCGGAUUGCUACAGAUCUGGCUGCUUAGGCGUUUUGGCACGCUGCUGUCCUUCCAGCCAAUUCUUCUUGGUCUCAUUUUUCUCAGUCGAGGGUUCUGGAUAGAAGGCGGUAUUCUCGCUGGCGCUGGGAUCUUCGUUAUUCUUUUUGUUGAGGUUUACACGAGCUGGAAGACCAGAGUCCCUGGACGUGGGUCACUAAGCCCUAUUACACAAAACUCCCUGGAGAGAUUUGAGAGCGGGGCUGACCGGUAUUUGGAGAUGGAGGAAGACACCGUCAAUGGAAGCAGCGUCCGGGAUCCUCGGACUCGCGGAUCUAUGGCGUCUGUGUUGGAGAUGAUGAGUUUGACGCUCGCUGUGAUGCCGUCAGCGUCUACAUAUCGUGGACCUAUACCGCUUCAUACAGAGACGUUGGACGAUCUGACGGCGACUGAAAGGGCUGCUCGGACGCACCCUGAUGCACCACCCCACCUUCCGCCGUUACCGUUCGCUGAUCAUGCAGAAGAAAUGGCGGGGAUUUUGUAUGCGCCAGAACUGAUUGCGCCGCCCCCGAUCAUAUGGCUCCCAAAUGACUCUGCUGGGGUGGCCAGGUCGGAGGCUGUAGAUCUGCAAAAAUACCACGAAUUGCAAGUGACGUUGGAUGUUACAGCCGCCCAAGAGGACGUGAACCCUAGACGAUCAGCUUCGUCGCGUACAUCGCGGUGACGAUAACUAGACACUUCUCCUUCUGAUAUUUAUUCUUCUUUUGCUUUCUUUUGGGCACCAUGGAUAAUUUUUCUACCUUAUGGCAUGUCAAAAUCCCACCGGAAGUAGUUGCAAAUGGACAUAACGAGCGAAUGACGACAC